CUUGAGUUUCUACAGACGCAGUAACAAGUUCACAGAGAAGCAGGACACAAGACACCAUCUCAAUUCUUUAACAUCAGAACAAUUCUAACAUGAGCUACUUUAUCAUUUUUAUUCUGUUCAUUUCAAAUGUUGUCAUUUCUCAGUCAGCAUACAGAAAGUUAAGUCUUCAAACUGGAGCAUCUGUUACCAUCCCAUGUCCUUAUGAUAGGAAAUAUUUACAUCAUAAGAAAUACUGGUGCUAUGAUGCUGCUUCAGCAUACAAUUACUGCACAAUUCGGGCGUAUGCCAACGAUACACAGGGGAAAGUGACAGUAACUGAUAAUCCAUCUGAGAGUCUCUUUACUGUGACUAUAAAAGAUCUCCAGACAGGAAACACUGGAUCAUACUGGUGUGCUGUAGAGAUAGCAGAAAUAACACAUGAUGUUACAGAACAACUUUAUAUCACAGUGAAAGCAGAUCCUGAUCUGUCUGUGAGGGAGAGCAGUGUGAGUGGUGAUGAAGGAGGCAGCGUCACAGUUCAGUGUCUCUACAGCGCUGCGUAUCAGAACACACAGAAGCAGUGGUGCAGAUUUAGAGACAGAAGCUGCAACUCAGUGACGAGGCCUGACACAUCCCAUAAUUUAGCAGUGAACAUCAGUGAUGAUGGGAAAAGUUUAUUCAGUGUGCAGAUGAGAGGACUGAAGAAGAGUGAUGGUGGCUGGUACUGGUGCAGUGCAGGAGAGCUGGAGGUUCCUGUUCACAUCAGUGUUCAUGAUCAACCCUAACCCUA